AUGGAGCUGCUGUUCGAGCUGCUCCUCACGGCGGCGGCCACCCUCCUCGUCGCCUUCCUGCUCGCCAAGCUCCUCUCCGGGAACAAUGAUCCCCCCCGCCGCGAUCGCGCGGCGGGACCGGCUGACGUGAUCGCGGAGGAAAAAGCGGAGGAGGCGGAAGAGGAGAGGGUCAUCGAGGUGGACGAGGUGGGAGCGUGGGCGGAUGUGGCGGCGCCGGCUCUCGCCGAGGGGUGGGUCGAGGUGGAGAAGGCCCCCGCGACCGUCGCGGAGGGGAUGACCGAGUGGGUGGCCGCGGAAGAGGGGGUUCCGGCCACGCUUGCUCCGGAGCUGUUCCUUGGCACCGUGUCGCGGGAGCAGAAGGAGGAGGGUGAAGUUGGCAAGAAGCAGUGCGAUUUAACCGCGGCCGUCGAGGCGGCUGUCGAAGCGAAGCCGCGGGAUUCCGGCGCCGAAGCUGCUCCCAGAGAGGUUCUUGACGUGGAGUUGGAGGAAGAGACAACCCAGCAGAAUGAUCUGGGUGCUGAAGUUGCCCCGAGUGAAGUCCCUGAUGCGGGAGUGCAGAAACAGGAAGUUCAUGCUAUGGAAGCUGUUGAAGUGAAGCAGCUCCAUCUGGAUGUGGGGGCUGCUCCUGCAGAAGUUGUUGAUGCAGGACUGGAGAGGGAGGAGGAGGGAGCUCAAGCUGCUGAAGUGAUUCCGCGUGAAUUGGCUUCCGAGACUCCACCUGCAGAUGUUCUUGACAUCGUACCUGGGAAGCAGCAGGAGCAAGUCAUUGAAGCGAAUCAGCAUGAAUUGGCUCACGUUGUGGCUCCAAGAGUGAUUCCGGACGCCGCAGCAAAGGAUGAGGAAAUGAAAGAACCAUCUGUGGAAGAAGUUGUUGUUCCACAUGAAGAAGUUCACAACAAGGAGGAAGCUCGGCAUGAGGCCGGCACGGAUGAUCAGCAAGAAAAAUUGGUCCCUAAGGACGAGCCGGCUCUUAAGAAAUCUGAUGAUCUAAAUGUCAGCCAAGAAGACAGCUCUAAUGACAAAGUGGAUGUUCAGCUACCGGAGAAGGAUACCACAUUGCUAGGGAUGCCGGAAGAUGAGGCUAGAGCGAGCAUGGAGUUUGAAGAGUGGGAAGGGAUUGAGAGAAGUGAAGUGGAGAAGAGAUUUGGUGCAGCAGCGGCAUUUGCAGCUAGUGACGCCGGGGCGGCUGCUCUGUCGAAGCUGAAUAGCGAUGUGCAGCUGCAGCUGCAGGGACUUCUCAAGGUUGCAGUUGAUGGUCCCUGUUAUGACGCUGCACAACCACUUACACUGAGACCUUCUUCUCGUGCAAAAUGGGUCUCUUGGCAAAAGCUAGGAAACAUGCAUCCUGAGAUUGCUAUGGAAAAAUACAUGAAUCUUUUGUCAGAAUUUCUUCCUGGAUGGAUGGGAGACACAACCCCGAGCACAGAGAAACAGAAAGUUGAUGUUGAUUCUGAAGGGGCCCUUUUAACAAUGACUACUCAUACAAGUGACCCACAGAUCAAUCAAGGGAAUGAAGGUAGUACUAGCAUAGAUGAAGGUCCACUAACAGUUCCUCCUAACCCCGAAAACAGAGCUCUGACGUCCCUACCGAAUGAACGUAACGGUCAUCGAGUAUUUCUUGCAUCGGUGAUGUCAGCGCAUUGCUGA